UUGGCCCGCGGAUUCAACCUCCGACUGCCCAAAAGCGGCCAGAAGAAAAAACGCCCCAACGCCGAGAGCGCUGGGCGAGACCGCACCGAGACCACAGCCACAGCGAGAGUGCUGGGCGAGGCCGCACCGAGGCCACGGCGAGACCGCAGCACGCACACACACACCCCGCUCCUCCAGCGACCCCCGAAAAAAAGGUGCGCGUAUAAAUACCGUCGCCGAUCCCGCUCGCUGCUUGCAUCCCCAUCUUCUUGCAUCGUCCUGCAAUCGCUCGUCGGCGUCCAUCUGCCUUCCUUCGCCUCCUCUUCCCUGCUUCCGUUUCGCCGCAUCCAGUCUGCACAAUGAGCGCUCCCGUUGCCACCAACCUCGUCGAUACUCAGCCCCUCUCGGAGGCCAAGCGUGCCGAGCUCUUCACCGUCAAGGCCGGUCUCGCCCAGAUGCUCAAGGGUGGUGUCAUCAUGGACGUUGUCGACGCCGAGCAGGCUCGCAUUGCCGAGGAGGCUGGUGCCUGUGCCGUCAUGGCUCUUGAGCGUGUCCCCGCCGACAUCCGCAAGGACGGUGGUGUUGCCCGUAUGUCUGACCCCAAGAUGAUCAAGGAGAUCAUCGCGGCCGUUACCAUCCCUGUGAUGGCCAAGGUCCGCAUCGGCCACUUUGUCGAGGCCCAGAUCCUCGAGGCCAUCAACGUCGACUACAUCGACGAGUCCGAGGUCCUGACCCCCGCCGACGAGGUUCACCACAUCGACAAGCACAAGUUCAAGGUCCCCUUCGUCUGCGGCUGCCGCAACCUCGGCGAGGCCCUGCGCAGAAUCAACGAGGGCGCUGCCAUGAUCCGCACCAAGGGCGAGGCCGGCACCGGUGACGUCAUCCAGGCUGUCAAGCACGCCAGAACCCUCCACGCCGACAUCCGCCGUGCCCAGGCCAUGAACGACGACGAGCUCUACCACUAUGCCAAGGAACUCGGUGCCCCCUACCAUCUCCUCAAGGAGACUGCUCGCCUCGGCCGUCUCCCUGUCGUCAACUUUGCCGCCGGUGGCGUUGCCACCCCCGCCGAUGCCGCCCUCAUGAUGCAGCUCGGUGUCGACGGUGUCUUUGUCGGCUCUGGCAUCUUCAAGUCUGGCGACCCCGCCAAGCGUGCCCGUGCCAUCGUCCAGGCCGUCACCCACUACAACAACCCCAAGAUCCUGGCCGAGAUCUCCGAGGACCUCGGCGAGGCCAUGGUCGGCAUCAACUGUGACAAGCUGCCCGAGUCGGAGCGCCUGGAGCUGCGCGGCCACUAAGAGCCCGCUGGCCCCCUCUGAUCUCUGAUGCCAUCUCGGUCAGUCAAGCAGUGGCCCUCACGGCUCCACACAUGACAACGCCGCGACGCACAACCCGCUGCCUACCGCUCGGGCUAUCAUUCCUCAGCAUCGAUGGGUGCAGCCGUGGGGGGCUUGGUCCCUGGCAGCAUAUUUAUUCCUGAUGGGCCUCGGGUGAGGCUCCCGUGGCCUGUAACCAAUCAUCCGCCCAAUUGUGCUUCACCCCUUUCCCUUUAUGGCUUUUUCUUACAUUCCGUUUCACCAAGGGGAGGAAAGCACUGUGCGCCUGCAGCUCCUUCAGUUUGUCGUGGUCCUCCCCUGUAAUUCCCUUUGCCCUGUGUAUCAUA